AUGACUGCGGCCGCAGCACCGCCCAUCGCGCCGGCGAACGUCUCCGUCGUCUGGCACGCGCCCUUCUUCUCCGGCGGCGGCUACUGCUCCGAGGCGACGACCUUCGUGCUCGGCCUCGCGGCCCUCGGCGUGCCCAUCGGCCUCGAGCCCCACGGCGACGGCUUCGACCAGGACUACGUCGCCGGCCUCGACGACGGCACGCUCGCGUCGCUCCGCGCGCUCACCGCGCCGCGGCGGCCGCCGCCGCGCGUCGCCGUCUGCCACAGCGAGCCCGGCGCGUGGCACGUCCUCGACGGCCCCGCGUGGCAGAGCUCCGCGUGCCCGCGGCGGUCGCGCCUCGGCGCGCCCUACACGAUCGGGCGCACCAUGUUCGAGACGGACCGGCUGCCCGACGGCUGGCCGGAGCGGCUGAACGCCGUCGACGAGGUCUGGGCGCCCGCCGGCUUCCACCGCGAGAUCUUCGAGGCCGCGGGCGUCCGGAACCUCCAGGUCGUCGGCGAGCCCGUGGACACGCUCCGGUUCUCGCCGUCCGACGACCGCUACGCGCUGCCCGGCGUCGCCGACGACGCGUUCGUCGUCGUGAGCGUCUUCAAGUGGGAGAAGCGCAAGGGCUGGGACGUGCUGCUCCGGGCCUGGGCCGACGCCUUCGCGCGGGGCGACGGCGCGGUCCUCGUGCUCCUCACGAACGCCUACCACGGCGGCGACGACUUCGAGGCGACCCUCGAGACGUUCGUCGUCGAGACGCUCGGCGAGCCCGCGGGCCUCGCGGCGCUCGCGGAGAUCGUCGUCCUCUCGAAGCUCCCGGAGGCGGACCUGCCGCGGCUCUACCGGCGCGCGGACGUCGUCGCGCUGCCGACGCGCGGCGAGGGCUGGGGCCGGCCCCACGUCGAGGCCAUGGCCUGUGGCGCCGCCGUCGCGGCGACGGCCUGGUCCGGGCCGACGGCCUACCUCGACGAGUCCAACGGCUACCCGAUCCGCGUCGCGGGCCUCGUCGCCGUCGGCGACGGGCCCUUCGCGAGCCACCGGUGGGCCGAGCCCGACGCGGCGCACCUCGCGGCGAUCCUGCGCCGCGCCAAGGCCGACCCGGCGGAGCGGCGCGCGCUCGGCGCGAAGGCGCGCGCGGACAUGGUCGCCCGGUUUUCGCCCGCGGAGCUCGCGGCGCAGGUCAACGCGCACCUCGUCCGCAUCGAGGCCCUGCUCGACGCCCGAUCGCCGCGGCGGGGGGACCUCUAG